GUCACUUAGUCAGUGUGUGAUAUCAGGUAUUUAUUGCUCCCCCAUCAUGCUGCCGCCAUCUGCGCCCUUCGCCGUCUGCUCGCGACGCCGCCUCACCGCCCGUCUGUCGUCGGCCGCCAUGUCACCCUCUCCGCCAUCGUCGCCAGCCGAUGCCAAUGAUGCGGCCGCCUUGCGCUUCUCGCCACGAUUGCCAUCACCACAACCACCAUCACCAGCACCAACAGCAGCAGCUGAGGCGGCCGCAGCGGGGGCGGCAGAAGAUGACGACACGCCAGCAGACACCAAAGGGACACUAAUAGGCACCUGAACACAUAAAAUGAAUGGUCCACCUGAGUUUGUGUGUCGGCCUGUGUUAUUGAUAUGACAUUGCAGCCUUUCCUGUGGGUCGUGGUCAGCGAUCUCUGCCAGCUGCUUGGUGAGGGUCUCCAGGAGGGUAGACAGGCUGCCGGCCGACGCACCAUCCUGCAGGCAAAAGACGAACACACGAAUGGCAAGAGAGUGCUGCUGCUCGGCUAUGUUGUGUUUCGUGCGGACCAGUGUGCUGUCAGCUUGUGAGGCUAUCGUGCGCUCUGCCCCGUCAAGAUCAGACACCAACUGCGAGGCGACCUGCAAGCCAAAACCAACACACUCACAUCUCUAAUGCUGCGUGUGUUGAGCCCUCUUCUCUCCCGUCUUACCGAACGCAUCGAACGUAUCUUUUGCAGGAGAUCACUAGAUGAGCUACCGUCGCCACCCGCCCCGCCGCCCUGCCCACCUAAGUCACACAGCCAGGACACACAAGGCAUGACACACGGGGGCUGUCCAUCAGGCGCGGCGUGUUAGACCUGCAGCGGAUGCCGGGCCGUCCCCGCUGUCUAUGUCCAUCAAAUCACCGCCUGUAGUGGUGGAUGAGGAGGCGAAGGGCUAUUCCGGUGCACUUAUGUGCCGCGCGUUGUGUAAAUGUGUGUGUGUACCAUUGUGUUGCGAAUGGUAGCCCAUCGCCGGACCUGCAGCAGAUGACGACGAGGCGGCAGCAGCAGGACCUACAGACAGCCACACAGGCCUUCACACCUACCAGUUUAUUGCUCAUCCGUAUACCGCCCCUUCUUGUGCUUGCCUGUGGUCUGCUCGCCUCCCUGGCCACCACCACCAGCAGCUGGGGGGAGGGAUACGUCCAGCUUGCUGCCGAAUGCCACCACAGCGUCGUCCCCCAUCACCUCCUGCACCACCGUCACUGUCUCGGGGAACCUGGCCGCACCCUCCCUGCCAUCCACCGGACGCUCCGUCGUCCAGAGGGAGGCGGUGGCAUGGUCGGGGCUGCUGUAGAUGAAGAUGUGUGCCUCGAAUGUCUGUCCCGGCUGGUCGCCGUGCAGCACUAUCAAGCAGAAGAAGGAUCCUGCUACUGCCCAGUGUCUGGUGCUGAUGGUGCGGCAGCCCCAGAUGGGCGGCGGCUGAGUGGCGAGCUGCCGCUGAAGAGAAAGGCAGAUAUGACACUGGGUGAGUGGGGCAGCGGGUGAAGUGCUUUGUGUGUGUGUGUGUGUGGGAGGGUGUGUGGCUGACCAGUCGGUUGAACCGUGGGGCAUCGUUGAACUGGUAGACGAGCUGGGCCGCGACCUUCGACCCUCCCUCACGCAUCCUGACCGAUCAGACACAUCACGGCAGAGCGGUGCAGCCAAUGUGUUUGUAUGUUCGUGUGUAUCAUUCUGCUCAUCCCUCCCUCUCACUCAUCCAACACAGCGUCGCGAACUGAAGCAAACUCAGAAGCUGCAAACACACGCACAUUCACACGCAACCAAAUGGUCCCCUUCCACAGCUAUCCCCCCCUUUGCUCACCUCCAAUCCGACAGACGGGAUUCUUCGGGUCGAAUCCAUUGCGGAAGGGAUGGUUCGCCGGCAGCGUGUGCGGUGGCCGGAUGGUCAGCCGAGACCCGCCCAGGCACUCCUCGCCAUCAUCGUCGCGCUCGAGCGUCGUGUCGAGGUGGCGGCCGAUGAGUGAGAGCUGCCGCAGCGCCUCACACCGCCCGUCGAACACCGCCCGGCUGCCCACCCCCUCCACAUCAGCACUGCCCAGCUCUAUCGGCAACUGCCCGCCUCCCCGCCCCUGAUGCACAGCCACCCUGAUGAUGGGCUCCCACGCCGCCCACUCGCCGCUGUGCUGGAUGAUGCACAGGAGCUGCAGCAGAUGGCCGACGGAUGGCAGGUCAUAGCUGAGGAUGUCCUUGAGGCCCUUGUCGACGAGCUGUGCAUCGAUCUGCUUCUUGACAUAGGCCUCCGACACACGCUGACUGCCGAGUGUGCAGGUGCGGCGGAGGCGGGCGAGCCAUCGGGGCCGAGCAGGGCGAAGACGACGUCACGCUCGACGUCCGGUGACAGGUCAAACAGGCCAAUGUGCUGGCCGGCCUGAGGGGAAAGGCGGCAGAAUGAGAGAUAUGCGUGGCUGUCUGUGUGGCUGUUUGUGUGCGUGUGUACCGUGUUGCCGUCGGACUCAUGCCGGGGCCUCCUCUCAACUAAUAUGAAGCCAUCAUGCACCUGCACACACACACACACACACACAAAAGGUGGAUCCCUCAGCAGUCACCAGACCAAUGGGCACAUGAGAAUGCCUACCUGUUGUCUGUGCGGCGAUGUGUUGGCCUCGCGCGGCACCACGACGACGAAAUUCUCUCGCCCUUCUACUUCCCUCAUCGACACUCUCGUGCCUCCGCCGGUCUCCUCAGUGCGAUAGACGUCGGCCUUGACCCACUCCUGCUCGCCCUUCUCUCGAUUGGCCGUCAUCAUCCACACACGAGUGCCGGUCUUGUAGCGCUCGCGGGACGACGGCGGCAUCUGAUGGAUGGAUGGAUGGAUGAACCAAAUGAUUGAGUGAAUGAGCUACACGUACCUGUGGCUGCGGGAGGUCUGCAGCAGCUGCAGAUGAAGAUGAGGCUGCAGCUGCCAUGGCGCCGCACAGUGACUGGCCAAACACAGACGCCUGCAAACAAGAGUGCAGAGGCACAGAAUGCGAAUCCCAUCCCUCCAGCUGGCCAUUCCUCUCAUCUUUCAACGCUCACCGAUUCACAGAUGUGAGUACGGCCUCUCAGUGAAGGCUUCUCAUCGUCGCAAAGCAUUCCG